ACUGGUGGAGGAUCAGUGCCGAGUGUAAAAGUGCAAAACUACUAAAAAUCUUUUGGCUCGGUUUGGCUUCCUGUUGCUCCACAGUCGCUCUUCUGUUGCUACAAACGCACAAAGAAAAACAAAUCUACAAAUAGAUUUUUAAAUGCUUACGGGUGCAAAAUGUGAGCAAGAGAGGAAGGGGUCAGCAGAAAAAUCAUGAAAUGGAAAAUAUAUUAUUAUGAAAAAGGGAAGGAGGCUUUAUUUGAGAAGAGAUUUGACCAGAACAAGAUGUUAAGAUCAAGUCUCCUGCUUCUCCUGCUGUUCCACUCGACCUACUGCAUGCUGCUGGGAUGGCUGGAGUCUCCAGGUUAUCCCAGUGGAUACUUACCUUAUGCCAGCCUAAACUGGAGCAGGUGUGCCCCCAAAGGCCAUGCCCUCUCCAUCAGGUUCAUCCACCUGGACCUGGAGGAUAGCCAUAACUGUGAAAACGAUGCAGUGAAGAUCUUUUCAAAUGGAAAAUUAAUUUCCAUUUUGUGCGGCACAAAGGAGUUUGAGGAGCUUCAGACCACCGUUAAUCCGUCACUUUUCUCCUCCCCGGGUGGCUGCCUCUCCCUUUUGUUCCACUCAGACUUCUCAAACACCAAGAGGCACACCGGCUUUAGAGGCUUUUAUUCCAUCCAAGACUUUGACGAAUGCGAGGAUGACUCAAUCAAUCGAUGCUCUCAGUUCUGUCACAACUUCAUCGGAGGGUACCGCUGCUCCUGUCGCCAUGGCUACCACCUGGACAAGGACAGCCACACUUGCACUGUGAGCUGCAAUGAGGACCUGUCAGGGCUGAACAGAGGUGACAUAUCCAGUCCUUCCUGGCCUGGUUCAUAUGCAGAGAAUGCCAACUGUCAGUACACCAUCUCUGUGGACUCCCACUUUCAGGUGGAGCUGCAGUUCUCUGACGUUUUUGAUGUGGAACAAGACCCGGAUGGUCAAUGCAUAGAUGCGCUGAGAAUUGAGACUCCCUCUGGCACUCUGGGACCAUUCUGCGGCGAGACCCCGCCCCCAUCCCCGUUUCCCACUCAUGCCAGUCAGAUCACAAUCUCUUUCACCUCCGAUGGCUCUGGCACCAACAAAGGCUUCAGCCUCCACUUCACAACCAGAGACAAGGUCUGUCCAGCAAUGGUGACCUCAGACUCCACUGUGACUCCCCAGAAAGCAGAAUAUAAUCGAGGUGAAAUAGUGACGGUCACUUGCGGUGUGGGCUAUGUUCUAAAUAAUGACAAAGGGAUCCAGACCAUGAAAUCAGAGUUUACAGCAACGUGCCAGAGCACAGGCACAUGGACUCCCAGUUACACCUGCGAACUUGUCGAUUGCGGUUUUCCUGAUAUCCCAGAGGAUGGUGUUCUUCAGCUGGUGGGUUCAGAUGACCCAAACACUAAGUAUAAAAAUGAGAUCCAGUUUAACUGCAGUUCAAAGUACUACACACUGCAAGGAGAUGACACAUUCAUUUGCAGUGCCAGCGGUGAAUGGAUAUCAGUUCACGGAAACGCAGAGCUUCCAAAAUGCCUUCCAGUGUGUGGGAUGCCUCAACAGUUGACUACAGGUGAAAGAAUUUUGGGAGGUCGGAAUGCAAAACUGGGAGAAAUACCAUGGCAGCUUUUGAUAAAAGCGCCCAGAAGAGGUGGAGCAUCCUUGAUUAAUGAUCAGUGGGCUGUGACAGCAGCUCAUGUUGUGGAUGGGUUUGAGAACAGCCCUUUGGAGGUCUAUGGUGGACUGAUAGAUGGAAGGACAACAAAUACACAGGGUGUACAUUCCUUGGUUGGUGAAAGGAUCAUAAUUCAUCCCGGCUACACAAAGGGACAUGAACAGGAACGCACAGAUUUUAACAAUGAUAUUGCUCUUGUAAGAUUCUCUUCCAGAGUGAAGUUAGGCCCAAACCUCCUUCCCGUUUGUCUGCCAGAGAGAAACAGUGGUGUGAUGGAAAAUGAACAAGGUACAGUGUCAGGCUGGGGGGAGACGGAGAAGAGAGGUGCAUCAGCUUUGUUAAAAUAUGCCCAUAUUACAGCCUACUCCCUCAAAGAAUGUCAGAGGACACCUGAACUUAAACCUAACAAGCCCAUGAUUUUCACUGACAACAUGUUCUGUGCUGGAGACACUGGGAAGGACAGUUGUAAAGGAGACAGUGGAGGUCCUUUUGUUUUGCCUAUGCUGUCUGGCAGAGGGCCUUACAGUCUGGCUGGGAUUGUGUCCUGGGGAGAGCCCUGCAGGUCUUCCCAGACAGCUAGAAAAAACAGGGGUUAUUACACCAAAGUGGAGAAUUACGUUGAGUGGAUUAAGCAGACAAUAGAGAGAGUAGAGAAAGAAGAAUCUUAAGAGAAAUAAAUGAUGGAAAAAUACUUGCUAUUAACCAUGAUAAUAAGAUCAUUUUCCGGUCUGAUUCACAUCUCUAAAAUUACCUUGCUUAUGAAAAUGAAGACUACAAUCUUGUAAUCAAAUGUAACAACAUAAAUAACACAAUCACAACAGCUUGUUAUUACUACAUUGUUCCCUAUUAAAGAGAA